GUAAUGUUUCCGAUUGUAAAGUCUAUAUAAAGACAUCGUCUGUUAUAUGUGCCACCUUCAUGGAAUACCCAAUAAAAUGAACGGAAUAACUACUAUAACUUUUUCAGUUUUUGCAUUUGCAUUCAUCGCGGUUGCCCAUGGCCAUCCUAUCAGUCGGAUGCGCAGUAAUAUACAUCCCAUGCAAAACAUCCAUCGGGACUUGAGUUGCAGUUGCUCUUGUGAAGAUCUCGGCGCUCUAGUGACUCUUGUGCGAGCGUUGGAAGAAAAGGAAUGCUGCACUGCAACGCCUGCAUCAAACGGCGGCAUUAGCAAUGCAGAUGAUCUUAUUAUGAAUUUAGUGAACGCUUUAAUUACACUCACUACACAAGCGUUAAGUCGUAGCAACUGCCACUGUCCCAAUCCAAGUGGUACAAAUAACAAUCCAAAUCCUGGCUAUAACGGAGGAUCAGGCUACAACGGAGGGUCUGGCCAUAACGGUGGAUCUGGCCAUAACGGAGGAUCUGGCCACAACGGAGGAUCUAGUUAUUCCCAUUCGGACGGUGGACUAAACCUUGACUUGCUAAAUCCAAAUAAAAACGAUAACGUCUUAGAUCUUGAUCUUGCUAGACAACAUCUAUUAGGUGUUGGAUUAGGAGGAGGCGGUGGUGCAUCCCAGGGUACAAAUAGUUACUAUCCAAAUGGUCGAAGUUCCAAUGGGGGCAACGAUGAAGGUUUAAUAAACGUAGAUCUUCUUAACCCCAAUAAAAAAAAUAACGUAGCAGAGGUUGAUCUUGUAAAAAAACCCGUAGUAGGCGUAAGCUUAGGUGAUGGUGGAAGUUCACCUUCGCAAACCGCUAGUAGCAAUACCGCACCAAGUAGCCAGGGAUCUAAUACCGGAGAAGCUCUAAUUAACGUAGACCUUUUAAAUCCUAAUAAAGAAAAUAAUGUGGCCGAUGUAGAUCUUGCUAAAAAAACCGUAAUAGGCAUAGGAGUAGGAAAUAAAAAUGGCGACGCUGUAAGUAAUAAGCCGUAAGUACUGUCAAGUUAAUCGGGAGUAACUUUAGUGGGUGGUCGGUAAAAAUUUUUUGGUUGAAUAAAGUGUAGUCACAGUCGAACGAUUUAAUAAAAGAAAGAGUAUA